AUGGCGAUAAGUAACCAGCAUAGACAUGGUAUCGUAGACCGUUUCGUUAAAUUUGCAUCGUGGCUACAGAAGAAACCACCCUCAGAGAAUGUUCGAUCGAGCUCAAUUAUUCGAACAUUUUCAUAUGAGUCACCAAAACGUUUUCUCGAUGCUGCAGACAAAGCAAGAUUACAGGCCGGAUAUGAAGUUCUACCAUAUUUUCAACAAUUAUCAAUAAAGUCAUCGUCUGAUCUUAAAUCAUCGCUGUCAUCUUCCAUUCAUCAUUCCAAUGAGCGCCGUCACCAGUUGCAUCAUCAAAUGAAAGCCAGACGUUCUCAAUCAUCGUGUGCUUGCACCGAUGAUAAAGCUGUUUCAAAAAAAGUUCGAUUUCAACUAGAUCCUAUUAUACAUUCUCAUCAAAAAUCUGAUCAGCCGCAGCAUCAUCGUCAUCAUCAUCACAAGAAAGGAGUUUCAGUUUCAACAACAACGUUUACAAAAAAUCACGUUUAG